AAUUCAUAACAGCUUUAUACUUUUUAAAUUAUAUGGCUAAAAAGACUACCAAACAUUUACAUAGUUUUCACGUUUACCUUCAACUAAACAUUAAAAGUAAGUUUCAAGCCUUCAUCACCAGAUUUUAUAUCCUUCCUGACAGAUGUCUGGGGACAAUAAAGGAAGCAACUAAUGUUCUUGGAAACGCUAUUUGUCUUGCAUAAUGAGUUGAAUCAGUCAGUUUGAAAAAAUAUUAGAAACUGACUCAUUCAAUAAACAAUGUUUGAACCGUGUUAUAAUACUCCUGGAAGAAUUCCAAGUCCACAAUAUACCCAACACGUUCCUCCAAUCCUAUUUCGUAAACGUACUGAAAAAAUUGAUUGGAAACGCUUAGCGUCGAUUGAUGUAAACCGUAUAACAAAAGAUGUAGAUAUUGAAAGCCUACAAGAAAUAUUAUCGUCUGUCACAUUCUGUGAUAUAACUAACGAAAUAGAUACACGUUAUGUGGAUAAUAACUUGAUAAAACUAUUUCAACUUGCUCAACUUUUAGUUGAAUAUUUAUUGGUAAGCAGUAGAUUUACGAAUACUAAGUCAGUUGUGUAUUCAGAUUCGACAUCUUUAAUAUUAUUAAUUCAGAAGGAAUUUCCUCAUAUUCACGCAUAA